AUGGCAAAAAUUGUACUGUACUGCAAGUACUGCGCCUUGUUUUCAGUGAGCGGUAAAGCAGGUCAUAAUAAGGCUAUGAGGUUGGGCAAACUUGUGAGUGAACCACUUACUAAUUUCAAGAAACUGGUGGGUAAGGAUGGUCACUUAGAUUGCCAUGAAAGCUUGAAAUACCACAAAGAAGCUGUUGAGGCUGGCAAAGAAUUCAUGCUAAUUUACCAUAAGCCGGAACUUCAAGUUGCAAGCCGAAUAAAUCAGCAACGCGUCGAUGAAAUCAAAAGCAAUAGAGAGCGGCUGGAACCAAUCAUCAGGGCUUGCAUGUUUCUUGGGCGGCAGGGUUUAGCUUUUCGAGGUCAUAGAGAUGACGGUGAACUGUACCCUGAAAAAGAUGAACUAUUUCGAAAAAAUGUCAACAGUGCUGUAUGCAAUCAGGGAAACUUUAGAGAAGUACUUAGGUUAAUGACGCAAUCAGGUGAUGAGAGACUCAAGCGACAUCUGAUGACUUCAUCUGCCCGGGCAACGUACGUGGGGAAGAAUACUCAAAAUGGCCUUAUUAAUUGCAUUGGUGAUGCAAUUCUUGAAAGUAUUUUACAAAAAGUACGUAGCGAGGAGUAUUUUGCAAUAAUGUUCGAUGAAACAACGGACAUAUCACACAAAUCUCAAUUGAGUCUAGUCAUCAGAUACGUUACAAGUGCAGGGCAGGUCCACGAAAGCUUCGUAGGAUUCAUUGACACAUUUGACGACAUUUUAGAAACAGAGAAAAAACAGAAUGAAGCAGAACAGGAUGAUGAACAGGAAGAAGAACGAAGAGAACCUGCAACUGAAACAAAGUUAACAGGGGAAGCAAUAGGGCUUAUCGUUAUACGCAUGCUGCAGAAGCUACGACUGAACCUUGACAAAUGCAUUGGAAUUGCAACAGAUAACUGCUCUGUAAUGGUUUCAGAGUUGAAGGGUGCGGUGCAAGAGAUACAGAAGUAUGCGAGAAACGCCCUUCGCACUCCCUGCUUCAGUCACAAAUUAAACUUGUCCCUUUCGAAGUCAAAUCAAGUUAUCAGCAUUAGAAAUGCCAUCGGAACGAUGAAGAGCUGUGUGACUUUUUUUGAUGACUCUCCUAAGAGAAAUACGGUUUUGAAAACUAAGCUGGGUCAUCAACUGUCAGGUCUUUGCGAGACAAGGUGGAUUGAGCGCCAUGAUGGUGUUUCUACAGUACACAGUGGAUUUGCCUAA